AAGAUGGAUAUGUAUGCUGUGCCGGAUAUACCAGGCUGUCCCCCAGGACUAGAAUACCUGACCCAGGUGGACCAGCUGCUCAUCAAACAGAAAGUUGAAGUAGUUGAAGCCCUCGUCGGUUUCGAGAGCAACAACAAGUAUGAAGUGCGUAACGCCAUGGGUCAGAACGUGUUCUACGCCGUGGAGGAGAACGACUGCCUGAGUCGACAGUGCUGCGGCCCGGUGCGCUCCUUCAACAUCCACGUGCUCGACAACUUCGGACAGGAAGUCAUCACCGUCACCAGACCACUGAAGUGCAUGUCCUGCUUCUUCCCUUGCUGUUUGCAGGAGCUGGAGGUGCAGUCCCCCCCUGGCAACACAGUGGGGUACGUUGUACAACAGUGGCAUCCGUUCUCCCCUAAAUUCCUGGUUACGGACGAACACUGCGAGCCUGUGCUGAAGAUCCAUGGGCCCUUCUGUGGCUGGAGCUGCCUCCCAGAGGUUGACUUUGAGAUUCUCACCAUGGACGAAGUGAGUAAAAUCGGGAAGAUCAGUAAACAGUGGACGGGACUUCUGCGGGAAAUGUUCACGGAUGCAGACAACUUUGGAAUCCAGUUCCCCAUGGACCUGGAUGUGAAGAUCAAGGCUGUGAUGAUCGGCGCAUGUUUCCUCAUCGAUUUCAUGUUCUUUGAGACGAACAACUAG